GCCGAAUACUAUUUUGUGCCUUUCUUGUAGGACAGAGAGCACUAAAUAAUAUUAGCAAUAUUUUGUAUGGAUGUGAACUAACUUUGCACAUCCAUGUACUAUGCCCCUGGUCUUACCUUAAGAACUGGCAAGCGUUUAUUGUCUUUUCUGUGGUGUUUGAUUAUUGAUUGGCACGCGCAUUGAUGGCGAACCAGGGCGCGCUAUACAGAAAGCUGAAAGGAUGAGAAGCGCUGGAAUGAUGAGACUCCAGUAACUUCUAAGUGACCUCUACAUGACAAAGACGCUCUCCAGCAAUUGUCUGCUGGCUUUAUGUGACUCUUUUUGUGCCUUGGACCGUUUUUUAUCUUUUGUCUUGUUUUGUUUUUCACCACUUGGGUUGAGUUUGAUUUAGCUUAGUUGAAUAUUAAUUUACCUAUUGGGCUUCAUGCACAUAUAUGUGGUGCAAAUGCAUGCUUUCAUAUGAUAUGGUAAAUAAAGUUUUUUUUUCACUUAUAGAAGAACCUUUCAGUGAACAGUUCUUAAAAUAACAAUUUUUCUUAUUGUGAAGAUCGUUCUAAUAAUGCAAAGAUCAUUUUCCACUAUAAAGAACCGUUUAUGGAAUAUAAAGAUUCUAUAGAUGUUGAAUGUUCUUCAUGGAACUCUUGAUGUCAGAAAAGAACCUUUAUUUGUAAGAGUGUGAGAUCCUCCCAUGCCCACAAUGUCUCAAAAGAAUGUUUUUUUCUUCUUCGUACACAGACCGGGUAUUUAAUCAGUUCAAUUUUAUAUUAUAUUAUCACCAUACUAAUUAAAAGAUAAUGUGAAGUUUGUGAAAAUCACUACUAGGUGUGCACAGCUUCUUCUCUGUUGAUGAAGUCCCUCGACCUCGAUUGGCCGAGCUGGUCACAUGGUAGCCUAACUUUAUUCAGUUGACAGCAAGUAGGAGGGCUUUAUGGAGGGAGGAAAAAAAGACAACUCGAGAAAAAUUAGUAUUUCCUACCUUCAGAAAUUAAUGGCCAUGAGUUCGUACAUGGUGAACUCCAAGUAUGUGGAUCCAAAAUUUCCUCCUUGUGAGGAAUAUUCUCAGACCAGCUAUAUACCUGAAGAGAGCCCGGGCUACUACAGUCCGUCGCAGGACACUGGUUUCCAGCAUCCCGGACUCUACUCACGGUCAAACUACUCUGAGCAGCCUUACAGUUGUAACACUGUCCAGGGCUCAUCGGUUCAGCAGCGGGGUCAAGCGCAGGAUCAAGCCGGCCAACACAACCCUUUCCCCGCACAGACUGAGCAGUGUCCCGCGGUCCAAAUAUCCGGACAACCGCAAAACACAAAGAGCCAGAACGGGAUAACAGCCAAGCAGCCUGCUGUGGUUUACCCAUGGAUGAAGAAAGUGCACGUUACUACGGUCAACCCGGAUUACACAGGACCUGAACCCAAACGUUCUCGGACAGCCUACACAAGACAGCAAGUUCUCGAACUAGAGAAGGAGUUUCAUUUUAACAGGUAUCUAACGAGACGGCGUCGCAUUGAGAUCGCGCACACCCUCUGUCUCUCUGAACGACAGAUUAAAAUCUGGUUUCAGAACAGAAGAAUGAAAUGGAAAAAGGACCACAAACUCCCUAACACGAAGGGAAGAUCGGCGUCAGUUGGGAAUCAGCAUGCACAACACGCUCAGAAGGACAACCAGACAGAGAUCACAACUUUAUAAGUGGAUAUCUCUUUCCCCCCAGAUGUACAGAUCAACUGUAUGUAAUAGACAAUGCUUUAUUUGACAUUGCAUGGUAGCAAAUCAUGACAUGUUGGGUACAAGUGCCAAAAACUGAGAAGAAGCACACACUACGACUAAAUGCAGCGUGAAAACUGCUAUGCGUUAAAUAUUUCAAUUUCCAGUAUUGUAACCGUUUGUAACUGAAGCAACGAGGAUAUGAGGUUCACAUGCCACAACGAGGUACAGAAAAACGUCAGAAAGCUCACGCUAUUUUACACAAACUUGCCAGUUUUUUUUUCUUUUUCUUUUUUUUUGGAAGAGCAUGGUUCUUUUUAGUGACAAUUAAAAAAAAAAACCUCUGUAUUUUAAUCUCCCCUUAUCUCUUUUCAAACUCAUUGUGGCAAGUUUACGCCUAUGGCGCGUCAAUUUAUCUUAACUUAAUCAUUGAAGAGAACUCAAGCAAGGAAAUGUCCAGCGUAUAAUAAAUUAUGAUUUUUUUGUGCUUGAGUCAACUGGGUGCAAGUAAUAAAAACUAAAUAAAAUUAGUUAAUGAUAAGAAAGAAAAAACGUUGCCUGAGAAAUUAUUUAUUUGUAGACUGAAAAACUGAAGAAAUUUCAUUCUGAACCUCGCGUGUGCUGUGCGCGCCUUUUAAAUGUUUACUUUCUAAAAGACUAUUUCAGUCAAGUAAUUUUUAACUUGUGCGUGAUUUUUAAGAUUUUCGUUAUAGGUGUUUUACAAUUGUUUAUUGCAGCUUUUUAAAAAAGACAUAUAUAACACAGAAAAAAACGAAUAUCCCAUGCCUUACUUCACUAUAAAUCCCUCCCGACAUCUUCGUAAACAGUAUAUCUGUCUUCCGAAUAUUACCUGAAAGUCUUGAAAAGCCGCUUUUUAUUUUCCAUUUUUAGACACGUUUAGCCCUGAAGAUGUUUGAACUUUCUAUUUAUUAAAUAUGUUAAAAGCUUUAUGUUCUAUGAGAACGUACUUUUCCGUUCCAUAAUUAGCUAUCGAAUUCAGUUUUUUUUAAGUUCUUAUAUAUGUGUAUAUAUUUCUGUAUAUUGUGCAUAUUUUCUACAGGCAUAUUUUGCAGUAAUGAAAUAAAUAUUAUGCAGAGAGGUUUCACUCAAACUGCGUCGUAUUGUGUUGACUCAAGAAACUCAUGAGAUAGGACAAACACGUUUUCUCAAGCACUUUCAUACACACUGUUAUUUUAUUAGUAUUAUUUUUUUACUUUAAUUUUUAUUUUUAAAAGGGAUUGACGUCGAAUCUGGAAAUGGCUUUCCAGCAGUGAUUAAACUCAGACGCUCUGCUA